AUGGCCACCGACCCAUCUCAGCAGGGCCAGGCCAAUGGCGCUGCUUUCAACCAACAGCAGCAUUUCCAGCAGCAGCAGCAACGUCAGCUCUUCGGCGGUGAGGAGGAGUUUGGCGAUGAGGAGGAGCUCGGUGACGACGUCGAUCUCGUCGUAGGCGACUACUCUGCUCCCUUCGCCGGCGAGGCCGGUGCCGAGGUCGACGAGGCACAAGCUGCCGCUCUCGCCGCUGCUCACGCCCAGGCCCAGCAGCAGGCUCAGGCCGCUGCCCUCGCCGCAGUCCCCGACCAGAUCCGCAAAUACAUCGUCCUUUUCAACCAGGCUGUUCAGAACAACAACGUGCAGGACAUCAGCAAUGCGUACGAGGGCACCUGGAACCGACUCACCGACAAGUUCUACGCCCGUUCCGAGUGGCCCGAGGCCGAGACCAUCGCGCCUCUUGUCAACGACGACCAGAAGUUCCUCACCCUCUACCGCGAGCUCUGGUACCGACACGUCUACUCCCGUCUCAGCCCAGACGGUGAGGACCGCUUCCACUCGUAUGACAACUACUGCGACUUUUUCAACUUUGUCCUCAACAGCGACGGGCCCGUUCAGCUCGAGCUCCCCGCCCAGUGGCUGUGGGACAUCAUCGACGAGUUCAUCUACCAGUUCCAGAGCUUCUCGCAGUGGCGCAACCGUGCGUCGAACAAGUCGGACGACGAGAUUGCGCUGCUGCAGGACGGUGGCGUGUGGAGCAGCUACUCGGUGCUCAACGUGCUCUACUCGCUCAUUCAAAAGUCGCGCAUCACCGAGCAGCUGGUCGCAGCGAGCAAGGGCGAGGACCCGGAUGAGGUGGCUGGCGAGUUCGGCUCCAAGCCCCUCUACCGCAUGCUCGGCUACUUCUCCAUCAUCGGCUUGCUUCGUGUCCACGUCCUGCUGGGCGACUACACGCUCGCGCUCAAGAUGCUCGACCACAUUGAGCUCAACAAGAAGUCCGGCCUGAUCAACCGCGUCACCGCCUGCCACGUCACCGCCUACUACUACGUCGGCUUCGCCUACCUCAUGCUGCGUCGCUACCCGGACUGCAUCAAGAGCUUCACGCACAUCCUGGUGUUCAUCAUGCGUCUGCGCCAGUACCACACGCGCUCGUACCAGUACGACCAGAUCAACAAGACGGCCGACCGCAUGUACGCGCUGCUCUCCACCGCCUGCGCCCUCUGCCCCACGCGUCUGGACGAGAACAUCCAGACGCAGAUGCGCGAAAAGUACGGCGACCAGUUCAACAAGAUGACCAAGCCUGGUUCCGAGGGUGUUGCUGCGUUCGAGGAGCUCUUCCUUUACGCCUGUCCCAAGUUCAUCACGGCCAACUCGCCGCCGUACCACGACGAGGAGGCGUUGGGCGAGUGGAAGGAGAAGGCGUUCCCUGAUCCUACGCAGCACCAGCUCCGCGUCUUCCUCAGCGACGUCAAGACUCAGCUGUCGAACGCAAACGUUCGAUCGUUCCUGCGCCUCUACACUACGCUUGGCACCGACAAGCUGGCGUCGUUCCUCGAGAUUGACGAGGAGGAGCUCGUCGAGAUGAUGAUGGUGAUGAAGAACUCAACGCGCUCGCUCAAGUGGAGCUCCGGCUCGCUGCUCGAGGGCGAGGUGGUCAACACGAGCGACCUCGACUUUGUGAUUGACACCAACAUGGUGCACAUUGCCGAGAGCCGCGUGGGCAGGAGGUACGGCGACUGGUUCCUCAGGAACGGCACGAGGAUGAGCGAUGUUCUGAGCAACAUCCAGUCGAAGCCCUUGCCGAUUGUGACCAAGCAGGUGCAGGACGAGGCGGCUGCUGCCGCGGCGGCCGAGGGCAAGGAUGGCAAGGACAAGAAGGGCAAGAGCACCUGGUCGGGCGGUGCCAAGACCGGCGGAAGCGGCGCAUUCGGUAGGAGUGCAGGCGGCAACCGACCUCAGGGCGCGACAGGCGCAAAGCCAGCAGCAGGUGCGACCGCUGCUCCGUGGGGUUCGAGCAAGGGGCAGCAGCCCGGACUUGCUGCUUAA